UCUCUUCCCAAGUCUACAUGCACAAACACGCACAUACACAACACACACACCCAUGAAAAUGCAAAGGUUAAUUGGUUGUGGUACUAUUUUCCCGCACAAGCCUAACCUUGAAAUGUAUAGCAAUUGCUUGCAUGCAACCAAAAAAAAACCAACCGAACUACUCCGUUGUGAUUAAUAGGAGCCACAAAAAUUAUGAAAAAUAUUUAGAGGUUGAUCUAAAAAAAGAGCUUAUUCCAAAACACGUGGCAAUAAUAUUAGAUGGAAGUAGGAGAUGGCUUAAAGCUCAAGGAAAACCUCUAAAUUAUGAUCCUUUCUUUCAAGCAAACACCCUCUUUGCUGACCUUUGUCUUAAGUGGGGUGUUUCUACUGCCACCACUUUUAUGUAUUCUUUCAAAAACCUACAAAGAGGCCAAGAAGCCAAUGAUUUAUUAUUUGGGCAGCUUGAAAGAUAUUUAGAGAAUAAUCUGGAGAGUUUUAUCAGGAGGGAAAUAAAAGUGUCGAUGAUUGGAGAAAGAUGGCUAAUCCCUAAAUCUUUGCAAGACGUUAUAAAACAAGUGGAAAAUGCAACAAGUACAAAGCACCAAAUUAAGUUGGAGUUAAUGCUAGCAAUAUGUUAUUCUGGGACUAGAGAUAUAUUGCAAGCUACUAGGAACAUUUGUGAAAAGGUCAAGGCCGGGGUGUUGGAACCCAAAGACAUCGACGAGGCCAUGUUUGAUAAACAGCUAUGGACUCGUGGAGCGCCUCACCCUGACCUGCUUAUUCGGACUGGUGGUCGCCUCCGGGUUAGUGAUUAUUUGAUGUGGCAACUAGCCCAAACCGAGCUAUAUUUCUCCCAAGUUUCUGCACCGGAAUUUGGAGAAGUUGAGUUUCUCCAAGCCUUGCACUCCUUUCAGCAAAGGGAAAGAACAUUUGGAAAGUGAUCUAAUAUGUUCAAAUUUGAACUUUAAAACUGUUAUUGAAUUGAAAAAAGAUGUAAAAUAUUAAAGUCUCUAGAGAUGGUAAUCAAUAGCUAAAAUCGAAAAUAUCUUAUGUACUAUUAGAAUACAUGUAUAUUAUUAAUUGUAAUUGUUUAUCAUGUAAAUUACGUAUCUAGCCCUAGGUUAACACUAACUAAAUAUGCUUGUAUAUAUACUAUACUGAAAUGAAUGAGAAUCAAGAAAAACAUUUUUUCA